AUGCUGAAAGAGUUGGAGCACCUAAAAAUCUCAUUAGAUGCCAUAAAGCUGGCCACUAACAGCUUCCACGAUGAUUACUUUGUCAGGGUUGGUGGGUUCGGCAAGGUUUACAAAGGAGAGAUUAUAACCACAACCACAGACGGGGGGCUAGCAAAAGUCGUUGCAUUUAAGAGAUUAGAUAGACGACAUGGACAAGGUGAACAUGAGUUUCUGAUGGAGAUAAUGAUGCUCUUCCGUUAUCGACACAAGAACCUAGUCUCUCUUUUAGGUUUUUGUGACGAAGGGGAUGAGAAGAUUCUUUUUUAUGAGUAUGAGUUUAAUGGUAGUCUUGAAAGGUACCUUAGUAGCAACACUCUCACAUGGGCUCAACAACUCAAGAUAUGCAUUGGGGCAGCUCGUGGAUUGGAGUACCUUCACAACCCACCUGGAACAUAG